GAACCUAUUGUUUUGCGGGACGGCCGGCGAAACAUCGCAGCGAGGAGGAUCAUAACCAAUAUGAAGGUAAGGUAAGUCGGUAUAAAUAUUUUAUUUAAUGUUAUUAUAAUUUAAGUGUGCAUUAUGGAUCCAAAUGUCGCUAAAGGAGCCAUUAAGAAAGAAACUAGCAGACAUUUUAGAAAUUCGUGGUUAGAUGAAGAAAUUUUUAAGGGAUGGUUAGCUCCCCAUUUCGAACCUAAUAAAGCAUUUUGUAUGGUUUGUAACACCAGCAUUACAUGUUGUAAAACGAAGAUAGUCAGACAUUCACAGACAGCUAAACAUAUAAACGAAAUUAAAGGUCGAAAUCAAAGUCUCAAUAAUGUCAAUUGUGUCAGCACUCUUUCACAUAAUGAUAAAGUAAAACGCGCGGAAAUAAAAUUAGCUACUUUUUUUGCUGAACACAAUAUUGCUUUUACUAACGUAGAUCAUCUAAUUCCUUUGAUAAAAGACAUUUGCAUAGAACCUGAAGUUGUACAAGAUUUGUCACUGGGUCGUCUGAAAUGUACAAAUAUUGUAAAAGAUAUAGUAGCAAAACGCGAAACAGAAAAACUCGUUGAAAUUUUGAAAGGACGAAAAUUUUCUGUAUUGAUUGAUGAAAGUACGGAUAUUACAGAUAAUAAACUUAUGUGUAUACUUGUCCAAUAUGUUUCACCAUUUGAUAAAAGAGUAAAAACACAAUUAUUAGAAUUAUUGUCAUUAAAUGCCGUGGACUGUAGUGCAAAAAAAAUUUUUGAGGUUUUUAAAACUUUUUUCUUAGAAAAAGAAAUUCCGAUAAAAAAUAUAAUUGGAAUGGCAUGUGAUAAUGCUUCUGUAAUGAUCGGACGUAAUAAUUCUUUUUUUUCACAUUUAAAAUCUGAAGUUCCAAAUUUAAUAAUAUAAAAAUGUAUUUGCCAUUCCUCCGCGAUUAUAGCAAGUAAAGCAUGUGCAAAAUUACCGCAAAAUUGUGAAAUUUUAUUUAGAAAUGUUGCCAGUUACAUUUCGGGCAGUGCAAAACGAUGUGCAAUUUUAGGAGAGUUUCAAGACUUUUAUAACGUUGAACGAAAUAAGAUUUUAAAAUUGUGUAACACUAGAUGGUUAGUUUUGCAUAAAUGUGUAGUUCGAUUACUCAAUAAUUGGACUGUACUAAAAAGCUAUUUUACUUUAGCAGUUGUAGAGGAUAAAUGUAAAUCUGCUGAAGAUAUUUUAAUACUUUUAAAUGAUGCUUCAAUUAGAGCUUAUUUAUUAUUUUUAAAAUAUUCA